GAACUCUCCUCAGGCGGGAAAAGGUGGCUACUUAGUCCGUCUCCUUCCGCUUACGGCCGCUAGAGGAUCAUAAGAGGCAAGGGAUCGAGAGAGAGAGAGUGUGAGAUUUGAGAAAAUGGUGGGUUUGCCGUAUGAUUUCCUCACUAAUCCCCUCGGAGCCGUGCGUCAGACGUUCGAGAAGUCGGUGGCGUCGUCGCCAACCGAUGUUGACCCGGCAGCGAUCUUCCGAGGCAAAGAUUGGGGCGCCGUCGAUCUCUUCCAUGAUUUCCUCUUCGUGAAGGGUGGCCUCGCGCAGGUUCCUAGUAUUGAUGCAUUGUCCAUGCGUUGGCUUGAACCCAACACGCUGGUACGCUUCAGGGGAAUGGUACAAGAUAUGCUUGGCAAUGAGCUAUAUGUUGGAGCUUUCAAGGAUGGAUCAUCGUGGAGGACGAACAAAUUUACUGACUUUUCUCCUAUUCAGCUGCCACCUGCAUGUGAAACACAACUUUGGGAAAGACACCUUUUUCACUGCGUUCCAGUUCCAGGACAGAAUUCAUGGGUAACCGAGACUAAGUCCAUUCCAAGUACUCAAAAUGUGUCUAGUUCCGCAUCCCAACAUGAAGGAAAACGUGGAAGGGGUUCAGAGGAUGAAGAUAUGAACUUAAAUGAGGAAUCUGAUAAUGGGGAUUUGAUUUCUUCUCCAAACGCAAAGAAGCAGAAGGAACAUGAAAAUACAUGCAGCUCAUCUUGUUUAUCAGAUGAUUUGAUGGAUCAUGGUAAUGAUUCAGGGCUUGGAAGUGGUGAUUCAAAUAAUCCUACAUGCUUAGUGAAGAUCUAUGAUUUGCCAGAAAGUCAUUUAAAGUUGAAUGAUGUCUUUGAGUUUAUCGGUAUUUACACAUUUGAUCCAGUCCUAGCUGUUCAUAAGGAUGAUUCUGAUGACCCAAUGUUUGAGCUCUUCGAGGACCCGACAGUUGAUCUACCUCCUAGCAAGGUACCACGACUUCAUUGUUUAAUUUGUCGAAAGUUGGAUGCUCAAGAUUUCCUUUCCAAUUCCCUAGUUUUUGAGUCUUUAUCUACUGUUGUCAGAGGAAUACGGGAGUCCUUACUUUCUCAUCUUACUGCAAUCCUUGGCAACGAUGAAUUGGCAGCACAAUACCUGCUCUUGCAUCUUCUUUCAAGAGUACGAGCUCAGGUUGAAGUGAUGUCCGUGGGCAAGUUGUCACUAAACCUUACUGGUUUCACCAGGGAAAGUGCAUCGAUAUUUGGUCACCAACUCACUGGAGUGAUCCAGAAACUCUUGCCUUUCACCCAAGAUAUUACUCUCACGUUAGAUUACCUGAACACAGCAACACUUCAACCCCGGAGGAACAAUAAGACAGGAAGAUUGGUUGCUGGAGUUCUGCAAUUAGCACAAGGUACCCACCUGACGAUCAAUGAGACCUGUAUGCAGAGUGGAACACUCAGUUCUAAUGGCAUUGAGAAUGCUAGAUUGCUUAAGAAUUUACUAGAAUUACAAAAGGUCGAGUAUGACUUUGAGUAUUACAAGUUGGAGAUGGCUGCUGAUGUCCAACUACUUAUCCUCUCAGAGGCCAAAUCUAGCAUUCUUCCAGCAGAUUUGGUGUUACCUUUUUCUCCGGGGUCUGUUCCUGCCACAAAUGCAACCAGUGAAGACUUGCAAGCUUGGAGGUGGUACUUGGCCACUAUGAGGUCUCUCCCUUGCUCCAUUGAACCUGAAAUGAAUCUGACGCUGCAAGAUGAAAUGGUUGCUUCCAUGCAAGAAGACAAAAGCUUGGGAUGUGCUGAAUUGAACAGAUGGUUGACGAUGACCGAGUUAAUGUCUGCAAGUUUUGGUGAAAAGAACUUGAGUUUGGAGCAUUGGCAAAUGAUAAAGGAGUUGGAGAGGCUUAGGAAGGAUAGGCUCAAAGAAAAAGCUCGUUGACCUGGUAGAUCUUGGAUGAUCAGUUUUUCAUUAGGUAGCAAUGAUCCAACAGGUGUAUCAAUCAGCUUUCUCCUUUAUAAAUUAUGCCUUUAUCUUUGUUGA